GAGAGACUUUGAAAUUGAUAUCAGUUAGGGUGGGCUUGUUGGAUGGUGAGGAGAAGGAGAGAGUGAGAGGUAAAAGGAAAUGGGUAGAGGGAAGAUUGAGAUCAAGAGGAUCGAGAACGCUACUAGCAGGCAAGUCACCUUCUCCAAACGUCGUGCCGGGUUGCUGAAGAAGGCAUAUGAACUGUCGGUUUUAUGCGAUUCUGAGGUUGCCCUUAUCAUCUUCUCCAGUACAGGGAAGCUUUUCGAAUUCUCUAGUGCUGGCAUGAAGCGGACACUUUCGAGAUACAACAAGUGCUUGGAUCGAUCUGAACCUUCUUUGGUUCAAUAUGAGCAAGAGAGGCAACAAUCUGAGGAGGUGAAUAUUCUGAAAGAUGAAAUUGCAAAGCUACGAAUGAUACACCUGCAGAUGAUGGGCAAAGAACUGAAUGGCUUGAGCUUAAAAGAAUUGCAGCACCUGGAGCAUCAAUUAAGUGAAGGGGUAUCAUCUGUGAAGAUGAGAAAGGAGCAAUUACUAUUGGAACAGCUUGAAAAAUCGAGGUUAAAGGAACAACAGGCCAUGCUGGAGAAUGAGACUUUACGCAGGCAGGUUGAGGAGCUUAAAGGUCUGCUUCUGUCUACUGAACGUCCAAUGCCACCUUUUCUUCAAUUCGAGCCUGUGAGAGGGAAAUAUGCUCUCGUAAAGCCUGAUGUAAUAAGUUCAAGUGUGAUUUGUAAUUGUGCAGUGGAGAAGCAAGUUGAUUCAGACACUUCGUUGCACUUGGGGUUGUCAAAUGAAGUUUUCCGCAAGAGAAAAGCACCUGAAGGAGCAUCUUGCUCCAAUGAUUCUGGGGCUGGAAGGGCUCCAUCCUAAUACUUCCUGAAGUCUUUUAUCUCAUCUUGCAACGAGUAAUGCUGCUGGAUACCUCGAGUUGUCCUCUGUUACUGGUUGAAAAGUAUAGAAUUGAAACAGUGAUCAUAGCAAAUAUGACAAUUCUCAUUUACUUGUAGUUUUCUUAAAUUGGUGGCUUGUGGAUCAUCUGACAAGCUUUAGGUACUCUUUUUUUUCUAAAGAGGGAAUAUCUGGAUUUUUGUAGGUUGUGCAUGAAAUAUUAGUGUUAUAGUGUCAUGUAGCUAGUUUGACUUAUUUUGGUGUAAUGAAGUCAUUUGCUUAUUAGGGUCUCU